AACUUCUCCUCUUCCGACGCGAGAGUUGCGUUUUCGCGGUGAGAUUGCGGUUUCUGCGUCGGAGACGAAGAGACGGAAGUGGAAGCGGAAUCCGCACGGCGGUGGCUUGGACGCGACGUUUCAUUUCCAGGUAAGAAGAAAUGGAGGGGACGAAGAACAAGGAAUCAAACCAGUGCUGGUGGUUUCACAGCCAUAAUAAGGAUGAAUAUUCAAAUCGUUCCCUGUGGCUUCAUUCAACACUUGCAGAACUCGAUCAGAAGGCCAAAGCCAUGUUAAACAUAAUCCACGAAGACGCAGAUUCAUUUGCCAAACGCGCAGAAAUGUACUACAAGAAAAGACCCGAACUCAUCAGCCUAGUCGAAGAAUUCUACAGAUCGUACCGUUCUCUAGCAGAGCGAUACGAUCGUGUAAAAUCAGAACCACAACCUCGCCUCCCGACCCCUCCUCACCCGCCCCCCCUACCUUCCUCCAAACACACUCUCCAAACCCCACCGCCCUUUAACGAUCAAGCAUACGACAGCUUCUUCGAGGCCUAUGGAAUAGACACAUGCGACGACAUAUCUGAAGUUGACGAUCCGGUAGAGGAACAAGAGAAGCUCCUAGAAGAUCACCCGGAGAUCGAAGCUCCCAAUAAGGAACUGUUAAUGAUCAAGAGAGAAGUGGAGAAACUUCGGGAAGAAAACAAGGCUCAAAAGGAAGAGCUGAAGAUGAAGGACGAGGAGAAAAGAGAAGUGAUCCGACAACUAAGUUUAAGCAUGGAGAUGCUUCGCGAGGAAAAGGCUAAGUUGAGACAGUACUGUCUUAAAGCUAAAAUAAAUCAAAAUGAGUGUAGCAAUUCAAAAUAUGGUUUCUUCACGGCUAAGAUCGCUCGUGCUUUAGGAUAAUUUAUCGUGUUAGUACCUAAUUAGGAUAUUGUGAUUCUAUCGACAUAUCUUGCUGAUAUGUUCUGAUCUUAGUAGUUCUAAGUUGUCGACUUUCGACAUGUCUGUGUGUAGUGUUAGGGCCGUUGGAUUGUCAUAGGAUUUGUUCCAACGGUUGCGUCUAGACGGUGUUGCCUGUUGAGAUGAUUAGGCUUAGACUACUACUGGUUUGGAGUUUGAACUGGUGGUGUUAAGUAUAUGUAGCUGUGAUACUGUUUUCGACUAAAAUGUAGGGUGUGUUCUUCCACCAUUUUUUUCCGACA